GAGAGGUGGGGGAGGCGGGAGUUGGAGAGAGAGGGGCUCUGAGCCAACCGCCGGCGGAUCCAGCAGCUCCUCGGGGAGGGCGGGCGGGAGCGCGGGGGCGGGCGCGCUGCGGCUCGCUCGGGAGAAGUGGCCGCCGAUGACGGCAGAGGUGCAGCCAGCCCCGCGCGCGCAGCCCCCUCCCCCUCGCCCUCCUCCCCCCCCUCGUCCUCUUCCUCCUCCUCCUCCUCCUCCUCCCGGCCCGUCCGCGGCGCAGAGCAGCGGCGGCAGCGGCGGCGGCGGCAGCAGCCACCCGAUGUCUUCGGCGCCCGAGAAGCAGCAGCCACCGCACGGCGGCGGCGGCGGCGGCGGCGGCGGGGGAGGCGGCGCGGCCAUGGACCCCGCGUCGUCCGGCCCGUCCAAGGCCAAGAAGACCAACGCCGGCAUCCGGCGCCCGGAGAAGCCGCCCUAUUCCUACAUCGCGCUCAUCGUCAUGGCCAUCCAGAGUUCACCCACCAAGCGCCUGACGCUGAGCGAGAUCUACCAGUUCCUGCAGAGCCGCUUCCCCUUCUUCCGCGGUUCCUACCAGGGCUGGAAGAACUCCGUGCGCCACAACCUCUCGCUCAACGAGUGCUUCAUCAAGCUGCCCAAGGGCCUUGGGCGGCCCGGCAAGGGCCACUACUGGACCAUCGACCCGGCCAGCGAGUUCAUGUUCGAGGAGGGCUCCUUUCGGCGGCGGCCGCGCGGCUUCCGAAGGAAAUGCCAGGCGCUCAAGCCCAUGUACAGCAUGAUGAACGGGCUCGGCUUCAACCACCUUCCGGACACCUAUGGCUUCCAGGGCUCGGCCGGCGGCCUCUCGUGCCCGCCCAACAGCCUGGCGCUGGAGGGCGGCCUGGGCAUGAUGAACGGGCACUUGCCGGGCAACGUGGACGGCAUGGCCCUGCCCAGCCACUCGGUGCCCCACCUGCCUUCCAACGGCGGCCACUCGUACAUGGGCAGCUGCGGCGGCGCGGCGGCCGGCGAGUACCCGCACCACGACAGCUCGGUGCCCGCCUCCCCGCUGCUGCCCACCGGCGCCGGCGGGGUCAUGGAGCCGCACGCCGUCUACUCGGGCUCGGCGGCGGCCUGGCCGCCCUCGGCCUCCGCGGCGCUCAACAGCGGCGCCUCUUACAUCAAGCAGCAGCCCCUGUCCCCCUGUAACCCCGCGGCCAACCCCCUGUCCGGCAGCCUCUCCACGCACUCCCUGGAGCAGCCGUACCUGCACCAGAACAGCCACAACGCCCCAGCCGAGCUGCAAGGCAUCCCGCGGUAUCACUCGCAGUCGCCCAGCAUGUGUGACCGAAAGGAGUUUGUCUUCUCUUUCAACGCCAUGGCGUCCUCUUCCAUGCACUCGGCCGGCGGGGGCUCCUACUACCACCAGCAGGUCACCUACCAAGACAUCAAGCCUUGCGUGAUGUGAGGCCGCCGCCGCAGGCGCUCCUGGUGCGGGCAGGCGGGUCACAGGGACCCUGGACCGGCAUAAGAAACUGCUUUAUUCUCGAGGUAUAACCGUCGGCAGAAGAAAAAGGGUUCCACCUCUCCCCAACCGGAGUUUUUGGCAAGGAAUCCCCAAUGCAAAGACACAGCGCUGCGGUUGGCACCUCCUUCCUCACUCCCUCAAAAUUGUUAGGAAAUGGUAGUGGUGGGUCUGAUCUGACUGCAGCCAUCGGUAAAUAAAAGUUUUUGAUCCUGUUGAACCCGCCUGAGACGGUGCUGUGCAGGGGAAAGCCUUCCGCAUCCACACAGGAAUUCUGCUGAGGUCCCCCCUCCUUCUGGCCAAUGGCAGAAGUGGAGAAAGAUUUUUAGAAGAAAAGCAAACAUGUGAGACCAAUCAUUAUCAAAUACUUUUAUUUUUUGGUUGAGUAUUUAUCUUUUUAUUUUUUAUUUUUAUUUUUUUGAAAGAAUGUCUUGGAAUGCGCAAGUCUCCCUUUAGAGCCGUCUUUUGCGGGGAGUGGGAGGUGACAAGAGAUCAGCUCUUCCUCCGAUCUCCCUCCUCACCUCCGAAGUCUCCGUGGACCACAGGUGGAUCUUUGUGCGAAUAACUUGCAUUUCGGAAGCCACUGUCCGUCUUUAAACAGAAAGUCGAAGGAGCCACGAAGCAAGCGGCCGUCCGGGCCUCCGCCUCCGUCCCUUUCCAUGUUCCUCUUCUUCCUUCGCUUCAGCCUCUUCUGUUAUGUUUUGUCUUGAAUUCUAUUUAGACUUUUUCAGUGGGUAUUUUUCUGUCUCCCAACCUCUACUGUAAACUUUCUGGUCCGAGAACGAGCCGAACACAGCGCGACGCAGGGACUAGGACGGCCCGGUGACCGCGCGGAUUCAGGAUUGCGGGGACGCAGAAAGGUUAAGGCACUUUUAAAAACUAUAGCAAGGCUCCUGUUUAUUUAUUCUACUUUCUUUCCCUAAUAAUCAAAACACCGCGUAGGCUCCUCCGUUUAUCAGUAUUAAUGGUGUAACUUUGUUGGCAAUAUUUGCCGUGUAGAAAUUUUUUUAGAUAUCCAUUGUAAAUUUGAAACAAAGACCGAUCUGUGUAAAAACAAAUUUCCAUAUGUUUUAUAUAAAUAUAUAUAUAAUAUGAAGGACUACCCUCCUUUUUUUUUUUUUAGUAUUUUGGCUGCUAGAGUGCAGCAUUUGUGACACGUAUUUGAAAUUUGAAAUUUCCUUCUGCACUGUAUAAAAGGACCAUUUGAGGAUGUUUUGCCUUUUGUGUAUUUUUUCCUAAAAAAAGAACAAAAAUAAAAAUGUAUAACAUUUGUA